GGGCGGGCGAGCGGCGGAGCGAGGCCUCCAGGGCGGCUUCUGUUCGAAGUCGGCGCCCGCCCUUUUCAGGGAGUAUUUCUUAGUGGGUGCCCGGCCGAGGCCACUCCUCUGAGGCGCGAAAGACGCCUGGUCACUCUGUGAGACACAGUCUGGCCGAGGUUCUUGGGUUCUGAGGAAGCAGUCUGGUGUGGAGGGUAGGAGCAUCCAGUCUGGAUAUAUACUGCCUCAGUUUGAAUCCCAGUUUCAACAUUCAUAGCUGUGGGCUAUCAUUUGGAAGCAAUGAGCUUAAAACCCUUCACCUACCCAUUCCCAGAGACGAGGUUUCUUCAUGCAGGACCCAAUGUGUAUAAAUUCAAAAUCAGAUACGGCAACAGCAUCAGAGGGGAAGAGAUAGAAAAUAAGGAAGUCAUCAUCCGGGAGCUGGAGGAUUCUAUUCGAGUGGUCUUGGGAAACUUGGAUAAUCUACAACCAUUUGCUACAGAACACUUCGUUGUAUUUCCCUAUAAAAGCAAAUGGGAGAGAGUUUCUCACCUGAAAUUCAAACAUGGGGAAAUUGUCUUGGUCCCCUACCCCUUUGUUUUCACACUCUAUGUGGAGAUGAAAUGGUUUCAAGAAAACCUGUCCCCUGGGAAACCAAUAAACAACAGUUCGCUUGAAUUGGUACUAGCUGAGAAGAAAGCAGCAGGAGCUGUGAUGGAGAAACGAAGACGCCUGGAAGUGCCCAGCUCCCCUAAGAGGCCAGGGCCAGACAGGGCCAAGAUGGGGACUUCCAGCCGAGGCCCCAGUAAAAAGAAGCCCCCUAUGGAAAUCAGAAGGAACAGGGAAAGAAAAACCCAGUCCGAAAGGCAGGGGACGCCGGCCUCUGGUAUCACUGAUGUCCAGGAACAGGGUUCUAAAUGGGAGGACAGCCUGGCAGGGCAGAUAGUUCCAUCAUUGCAGCAAAACAAUCCAUCUCCACCUAAACGACCCACAGAGCUGGGAACCAGUGGCUUCUUUGGGUUCCUAAGCUCUCUCUUCCCGUUUCGGUAUUUCUUCAGAAAGAACAGCCAGUGAGCCUCCCAAGGCAGCGCUGGAAAAAGGACCAUCUCUUCCUUUGACUUGGCCCAAGAUGUUCCUCCUGCAGCUUCAUUCUCUUUUCAG